CAAACAGGUCUCGCACAUCUGGCACGGAGGGCGCUGCGUGGACAUCGUGCAUCAUCAACAACUGACAAGUGAGAGAACGUGUAAAUUCGGGAAAUGUUUGCAGACUUCCUUUACCAUUCGUUAUAUUUCACUCAGACAUCUGAGACAUGAUGGAAAUAGGUGUAAUUACAUGCCGCUUGUUGUUCUCCUUGCUUCUGUGCCUGAGCGUGGUUGCAAGUGACCAAAUGUCAACUUCGUCCGAAUCCAGCAGCAAUGGUGGUGUUACACGUUCUCGCUUGAAGUUUUCAGAAUGUGCAGAAGGGGAUAUUGUGUGUCAACGAGAUGUUGAAAAGGACAUGCAAGGAUUGGAAGCCAUCAAGUCCAUUCACAGACAGAUAGACGAUGACCACAACGGCAAUGUUGACCUCUCCGAAAGUGACGAGUUCCUGCGUGAUGAGCUGCAGUACAAGAGCGACUUUGAGCGGCAGCAGACACUGCACGGGGAAGAUAAAUUCAUCAGUGUGGACGACCUGUGGAUGGCCUGGAAAUACUCUGAAGUCUACAAUUGGACCGUUGAGCAGACUGUGUCCUGGCUGUGUGAUUUUGUAGAGCUACCUCAGUAUGGGGAGGCCUUCAAGAAAAAUGCCAUUGAAGGUUCCGCUAUCCCAAGGCUAGCCAUCAACAGCGCCCAGUUUCUGACGUCGAUACUCGGAAUCACCGAUCCCAUCCACAGGCAGAAGAUCUCUCUCAAAGCCAUGGACGUUGUUUUAUUUGGACCGCCAAAACCCAUCCAUAGUUACUUGAAGGACACGACUCUCUUAGUCUCGUUGGUAGUCGCCGUCGGCGGAUGUUGGUUCGCCUAUGUCCAGCACCGGUACUCCCAAUCCCACAUCAGGCAGAUGCUGCGAGACAUGGAGGGACUGCAGAGGGCAGAAGAUGCACUCAGUGACAUGCAGGAAAAAUUGGACAAAGCCCAGGAGGAACACCAGACCGCCAUCCGGGAGAAGCAGACCAUCGAGGCCAAGCUGACGGACCAGAUAUCGCGGGCCAUGCAGGAGGCAGAGAGGUUGAGGGAAGCUAGGAAGGCUGACACAAGAGACGGAGGGGGCUGUAACACACAGGACGAACUGGAGGAGAAACUGCGGCUGGCCGAAGAGGAAUUAGCGCAGCUGCGGAAUGCAUUGCAAGAGGCUGAGAGGCGGCUAGAAAGUGGCAGCGAAUGGCGCCCUCCACCAUCCCUGCAGCAGUGGCUGCAGCUGACCUACGAAAUUGAGAAGAAAUACUACACCUUUAAGAGGAGCUCGGCAGACAAGCAGCUCAGGGAAGCCAAAGAUGUGGUGGAGAAAAUCAGAAAAAAGCGAAGCACCUUCAUGGGUUCAUUCCGUAUUGCCCACGGAAGCAUUCUAGAUGAUGUAGAUGCGAGAAUAGUCAACGCAAGGUCCGCUCUAGCAGAAGUUACCACAGAGCUGAAGGAGCGGUUACAUCGCUGGGCGAUGGUGGAAGGGCUGUGCGAUUUCAAUAUCGUCAAUAACCCCGGCAUCCAUCAUUUAAUAACCACACUAGGGGUCACCAUGCCCGAUUCCUCCACAAAGUCUGUGAGGAGUGCCCUUGCGUUUGGAGGUUCCAUUGGUGCUGCUAUGGUGGUGGGCAGUUUAGCUCACGUGGAGGCCAAUGCCCCCAUGGGGCUAGAUGAGUGUGACGAAGAUAUGCCACCCCCACCAACGUACCUGUCGGCGCUGCAUGCCAGCAGCACCCUGCCUCGCCAGUCCCACACAUCCAGUACUCUCUCUCUGUCCGGGGACCAGCUUGGCAUGAAGAAGUCGAAGAGCACCAACAACAUUGCCAGCUACGGGUCAUCACUGAACCAGAUGAACCCCUCCAACCUUGCCAUGCCCAAAGCCAGGACCCCAUCCCCGCGGAGUAGAACGUACCUUAAUGACCCUUCAAACUUUGCAGUAGCCCACUCACCCCCCGUACAGCCUGAGCACAACCAAACCGCCAGCAGUCAUUCCCACAGCCACCAGCCGCAGACUCUGCACGUAUCCCAGUCAGAGAAUGCCCUGGCGAGCCUGGUCGCCAGCAGUGCAGAAAAUGGCAAGAGGCACACCGACUCGCCCAAGGGCCUUGACAACAGAAAGGCCAAGAAAGACUUCAAGAAAAGCAGCUUGUCCCAGCCGGACGGUGACACAGACAGCCUGGAAAUGGAAGAGGAGAAGAAGAAAAAGAAACGGCUGAGAAUACCAGGCCUGUCCUCCAGCACAAAGACUGAGAGGCUGAAAACCUGUUAAUGAACCUCACAGCCCCAAAGCCAGUACAGAGAAACGGCUGAGAAUACCAGGCCUGUCCUCCAGCACAAAGACUGAGAGGCUGAAAACCUGUUAAUGAACCUC